CCGGGCUCCCGCAACUGUCACAUGUCCGGGCUGCAGCGACUGUCAUAGGGUCAGGCUGUAACAGUUGGCUAGAAUACCCAACUGCAUCUUCUGGCGGUCCAAUGGAACCCGACACGAUGGGGCCACAACCGACCACGGGAGAAGCGCGAGAGGAGUACAGGUCAUCGCCUGAUCGAGCACUGAGGGAUCUGAAGGAACGGAUUAGGCGACAAGCACCGCUGAGAUGGGCGGACCAAACCAAUGACGGAGGGUCCGACAUAAGAGGUGAACCAGUUGCGACAGAGCCGCAGGAGGCUCUAAAGACGGGUACCUCGAGCGGACGACGAGAAGCGACGAGGCGACGCUCCCCCGAGUACGAGUGGAGGGACACCAUAACGGACAAGUACAGAGACGACAAGAGAGAGAAUUUGAGGGAUUCCUAUUGGAGGGACAGAGAUAGAGACAGGGCGCCGCCCAGGCGAGUCUUCGACCCCCAGACAGGGGAGUCACAUCCGCUCCCUUACGAGAGCAAGGAUCGCUAUAUUAUUACGCACAAGGYCUUAGAGCCUCCUACCUUCAGGGGCUAUGGUAUCACAGAAUAUCUGGAGAAGUGGGAGCUUCACGCCAGCCGGAGUCAGUGGUCGGAGGAAGAGAUUAUAGAGAACUUCCUAUUUAAUGUGGACCCAACUCUUGGUAGGGAAGUUAAGGAAGCUCGACCGAAGGAUGGGAAAUGGACUACGUACAAGAAGAACCUCGUUGAGCUUUACAAAUUGGAGGAUAAAAUGUAUUCCAUCAAGGACCUUGAAACAAUGACUCAAGAUGAAGAUGAGAGCGUACGGGGAUUUGGGAUGCGUUUCCAAAAGAUCUCUGACGUGCUGAUGAAGAAGGGGAAGAUCUCAGAGGUCGAGCACUGUACUAUCGUCAUCGGACACUUGUCCAAAGGUAGGCAAAAGGGUAUACUUAGAGAUCUUCCGCGCGACAGGCUUGAUUUCCCAGAAGUCCUAAAGCUCGCGAUAAAGGCAGAGGCAGACGAUUACAAGGACUUGGUGUGGAGAGGGAUGAGGAGACGUGACUUUUCUUUCUAUAAGGAGUAUGUCACUGAUAGAUGUCCUGAUUUCAAGGAUUAUCCCUGGUCGGAGAAGAAUGAGGCCGUGGUUGAGGAAGUGAAGGAGAUACGGGACAUGGUGAAGGGAUUAACGAGACAGGUUACAGAGAUUGUAACCACUACAGGGGCCACGGCCUACAGGGACAAACCUGGGGAACCCUAUUCACUUCGCUGGGACCGUCGGAACAACGAUUCCUGGAGGAGUGUCGAGGAUAGAAAUCCUCGGACGCUGACUGAUUAUCGUUCGAGAGGAAGAGAGAGAGACUAUGAGUCAUGGCGACGUAGGGACGAUGAGAUAGACCGAGACCGCAGAGAUCGUGAGCCGUUUGCACGAGCAAGGAGGCUGGAUGAUUACCCGCGAAGCCCUCGCUAUGAGGCCGAUCGGGGUAGAGGCGACUCCCGCGGCCGAUGAAAGCCAGAUCAGGGCCGACGAGAUGGAUAUAGGGACGACAGAUACGAGAGAUCGGACCGGGAUCGAUAUAGGGACGAUAGAUACGAGAGAUCGGACCGAGACGGAUAUAGGGACGACAGAUACGAGAGGUCGGGUCGAGAUGGUUACAGAGGUGGUAGGUAUGAAAGAGGAGAUCGGACACUCGUCUGCACCCUCCUAACUACACACCACUUACGACCAAACUCGCCCAACAGACCGCAUGUAUGUACCGCAUAAGGCAGAAGACAAGCACCAGGUGAGCGCAAUCGUACCACAGCUCUGAUACCAAAUUGCAAGGAAGAGCAAUAGCGAACUUCAACAAUCAAACAACAUCAUACGUAUGAGUCCAGAUAGUCUUGACCUCGAACCAACAACAAAAUUGCAUCACAAGA